ACCUGAUUUCACAAUACGAACGGCGCACACCAUCAACGACCUAAAAAUUAAACAAUACAGUAUUUACUCAAAUCAUAGAGAAGAGAAUAUAAAUAGAAGAAAAAUCACUUUCAAACGAUCCGUAAACAUUUGACGCCACUAAUGGAAGGAGAGAAGAAAAGGAAGAGAACCGUUAAUGGGGCAGAUCGGAGAAGAGAAGUUGCAGCGCCGUCAGAGGCGGAGGUUGAAGAGUUCUACGCCAUAUUGCGAAGGAUGCACGUCGCCGUUAAGUAUCUCCAAAAGAGUGCUCCUCACGUUAAUGUACCAAACAGGUUAACGGCGAUGGAGACUGAUCCCAAUGGUGUUGGACGGAAUAUUGUACGAAAUGGAGGUUUGGAACUGGAUCUUAACACCGUGCCAGAACCGGAGACUAACGGCGUUUAACCUGAAGCCAACGGAGUAUUGCAUUUUACACGGUUUGCAUCUUAUGUACAGCGAAAUACUACUUGUUUCUCACUUCUUCUUCUUUUGUCAAACAGACAUUUUUUCUUUUUCAAGUACGCAUAGAAAUUACUUCAUUUAUCUCAAUUUAUGUGGUACGUUUUGUUUUUAUCGAGAUUUAAUCUAUUACAACUUAUAGUAUUUUGUUAUGAAAUAUCAUGUAUAUUACGGUGAAUGUUCAUAACUCUCAAGUAGUUAUUCCCACUACUUUCUCCA